AUGGCCGAACCAAGUCAGGUCUACUACGUGACCAAAGCUCACGGGCGCUCUGGGAGGGUAUACAACCUCCUCGCCCCCGACGGAACCACCCAGCUCUAUACCAUCGUCUCCUCAGACAAAAAACCACACAUAACCGUCUGGCGACAUACUCCCUCCCCACAACCCUACCCACCACCACAAAUACCAUCAUACCAACAACAUCCCCAAUUCUUCACGGACCUCCCCACCCCCCCUCCCUACGACAGUUCACACCACGGCACGCCACAAUACCCCCCCAGCCAAGAAAGCUGCAUCGGCACCGCAUCCUACUCCAGCUUCUCGUCCAAGAUCCACGUCUCACUCGACACCCCACACCAAGGCCGCGAGAAAGGCCCUUCAACCACGACCAACAUCACCAUGAAACGGCCCGACAUCCUCUCCUCGGGCCGAAGCUUCGUCUCUCCCAUGGGCACCACGUUUCACUGGCGGAAGGAUGCCAAUGUGCUGGUCAAGACGUUGACGGGGAGCACUGACCUGAAACUCGUUGACCACCGCGGACGUGUGAUUGCGCGGUACGAGAAACAUGAACAAGAGAAAGAAGGAGGAGGGGGCUUCAACCUGAAGGGUCUGAUGGCCUUGGUGGGCGGCGGUGGUGGACGGGGCAAGCUUGUGGUUGCGACUCGAGAAGAACCGGGCAUAGAUUUGGAUAUGAUUGUCAUCACUGGAUUUGCGGUGAUCGAGGACGGGAAGAGGUCUGAUGAGGAGUGGGAAGAGGUGGCGGAGUUUAUAUAG